GGGAGAGGGGCGCUUACCAUAUGACAACAAUGGAUGAAUAUAAUUCGAUUGAAAUACUUUCUGACGACGAGGAUUUGCCAAGCGAUUCUGAUGAAGCCGAGGACAUGGAUCCAAGUCGUUGUGUAACACCACUGUCGACCGCUAAGGCAGAAAUCACCCCUAAAUCCAGAAAAACUCUACUUAAUAACGAUCAAGUACAAUCAGGAAGUACAAUCAAUCUUAUGGGCCCGGACUCUUCGUUUUCGCCAGCUUCCUCUGACAAAACGGCCAGCUCCUCCAGCACAGCAGUAGAUAACCGGUCCGGACGCCACCGAGCCAGGAAGAGCCAGCAUCAGACAUUGCGGAUGAGUCCCACCGACUGUCAGUUCGAGACAGAAGGCGCACCGCCGCCAACCAAGCAGCUGGUGCUUGAAAAGGAUUCUGCUGCAUCGUCAAAAGGAAAAACAAAUCAGUUCUUCGCCAAUUUUGUAAACAGCGCCGAAAUGCAGGAUCUAAUCAAAACUAUUGCCAAUGAGCGGGUGCGCUGCAACUUUCUAUUGGCUACAUAUCAACUACCUGACAUGAAUUUUGCUCUUAAUACAAGUAUGAAUACACUCCGAUUCCAGUUGAAAGAACGCCUCAAGCAGCGCCAGGACAGAGCUAAGGUCAGUCCAUGUCCUACAGCAGCAGCAACCUCUGCCGCUUCAAAGACCAACAUGAAAGGUAUUGUUCGAGCUCGACAGCCCCAAUAGUAAUUUAAGUUAUGUAAGACAUAGAUAAAAAUGAAAUGUAGUAAAUAUUUGGUAAGUUUAAAUAAAUUAAACAAGAAAAAGCAA